AUGAUGUCGUUCACCGCACUGAGCGAAAAAACUACGGAGGCUUUGCCCAGCAAGGAUGGUGUGAUUUCUUUGACCAACCUUGCAGACGAGUUGGGGUCGAUGAGUUUGGAUGACUUGGUGUCCAAUGGUGGUUCCUAUAUCGUUUUGCGAGAAGGCGAAGCCCUGCUCAUCCCACCCGGUUUCUUCUUUUUUCAAUGUGGCCUCGGGUACAUGAAUGCGCCGAAGACUUUCUACAAGGCUUUCGCUGCCGUGCCCAAGCCCUUCGUGCAUGAAAAAGACGUGCUGCAGACUGUGGAGGAUCAGUUUGAGGUUGCUCACCACCAUGCGGCGGGCGUCAAGAAGAUUGUAGCGGCGAUAAGCUCGGGCUGGAAAUUGAUGGACUUUCUCAGUUCUGGCUUGCGCUCCACCGAUGUCAAGCCUGAGGCAGCUUCCACACCACGGCCGGAAGGGGCACCGUCGCCCGCGACCGAACCCAAGCUGAUCCUCGACUACUAUACCCCCAACAUCGAUUACCACGACCUCUUCGCUCAGGACGGCGCAGAUUUGGAGUGGGAAAUCUCCCGGGCCAAGAAGCACGAACUUUUCCCCCAGUACGUGGCCUCUCUACAGGGCGAUGUGGAGGAUGAUUGGGAGUUUGGCGACAUGGAGGGCGACGCUUUGGCCGACAUCGAGCACUUUUGUGAGUGGCUGCAGAAGAGGCAGUCGAGUGCCACGCAGGUCGCCGACAAGGAGGCGAUCAAGAGCACUGAGGCCAAUGCCGACGACGGGACAGAGGCUGCGGACAAGCAGGAGAUCCACGACACUGUGGCCAUUGCCGACGCAGGGACCGAGGCUGCGGACAGGCAGGAGAUCCACGACGCUGUGGCCAAUGCCACGGAUGGGACAGAGGCUGCGGACAAGCGUGAGAUCGACAACACUGUGGCCAACGCCGCGGAUGAAAGGGCAAUGGACAUCACGGUGGCCAAUGCCAAGGAAGGGGCUUCCGGGGCAUCGUGCAGAGCUUUCGAGGGGCAGGUUGCGGAGCUCCAGAAGAAGAUGGGGAAUUUGCAGCCGGGGGAAGAGCCAUUCAGUCCGGGGGUCAAGGUGCCUGAUUAUGCUGCUUUGCCAGGGGCUGCAGAUCUGGAGAAGCUUGCCGAUGUGGCGGCACUCCAAGCAGAGCUCGGCGAGAGAGAAGUUCCCGCGGGCGCCGUGCUCAGCGAAGCCGAAGUCGCCGUUUACGAGAUGCGUCAGACCUUGUUGAGUCGCAAAGCUGCUGCCGCCCAGGACCCAUCGGCAGAGCAAGAUCCAGCGAAGCAGAAAACGGCUGUUCAAAGCCUUGUCCAGCAGGCGAAGCAGAAUCCCGUGCCGGUGAACAACCCGGCCCGAGCAGGAACCCUUCAGGAUUACUUGCUGCGUGGAGCCGCGUCCGCGAAGCCGAAGGAAAAGGACAAGAAAGAACCCAAGGCGAAGGCGAAGGUGAAGGCAGAUGAGGGACCGUAA